AUGACCAAAUUAAAAUAUAAUAUUAGAGUGAAAUGCAUUGAUGGUUCUCUAGGUAAAGAUGAGUAUAUAGUUUAUGAUAAAGCUGGAACAUUUUCGAUUGGUCGUGGUUCAUUUGAAAAAUUACAAGAAAAGAAAUGCUCUAGAAAACAAGUUUCGAUUAUUAUUAAUGAUGACAAUAGCUAUUAUAUAUCAUCUAAUGGAGUAAACCCAUCAUAUUUAAAGAAGCAUGAUGAAGAAUAUUUUGUGCAAAUGAACAAAGAUCAAAACUAUGUUUUAAAUGAUAAAGAUUGUUUUUCAUUAUUAUUUGAAAUGUUUACUUUUAUGGUGGUUUUUGAAUCAAAUGAAAAAAUCAAUAGUAAUAAUAAUAGCAAUAUUGGUAAUAGUAGUAAUAAGGGUAGCAAUAGUAAUGAUUCCAGUAGUGUUGGUAGUGCAAAUGAUUCCAGUAGUAAUAAAAAUAAUAAAAGAAAAUUAGAGCAAGAACAAACUGAUGAUAAACCAAAGAAAAUGUGUCCAUAUGGCGCAAAUUGUUUUAGAAAAAAUCCAGCACAUUUUGAAGAAUUUGAUCAUAAUGAUAUAGAUAAAAAACAACAACAAAAGCAACACAAAGAUGAUGGCGAUAAUGAAUCAUUGCAGAAACAACAGCAACAACAAAAACAAAAUGAAAACGAUGAACAGUCAAAACAAAGCGAAAAUAAAAAAAUAAAUAAUACCAAUGUAAAUGGUAAUAGUAUUAGUAAUAAUAAUAAACCAUCUCAACAAUUAAAACAAGAACAAGAACAAGAAAAUAAUUCAAAUAUUGGUAAAAUUAUUGGACCAAAGUAUAAAAAAAAGAAAUUAACAGAUGCACUUAAAGAAAGAUCAUUAGCAUUCCCAUUCAUAUCAACAACCACAUUUGAAUAUGACAUAGAGAAAGCUACUGAAAUAGCAGCAAAAGCAAUAUCAGAGUAUUUAUCAUUUCAUGAACAAGAUGGGGAUGAUAUAAAAUUAAAAAUGAUGGUAGAAAAAUCAGUUUAUUCAGAUCAAUUAAUCGAAAAUUUUAAAAAACUUUUUAAUAACAAAUGGGAUAAAAGAUUUGAAAUUGUUAAAAUUAAUAACUCAAAUUCAUUAGAGCAGUUUAAUUGUAAUUGUAAAUUAUUUGCAAGUGAAACCAAUUGGAGAUUAAAAAAGACUCCACAAAACAAAGUAUUAUAUGAUGAAAUGUUAGAUGGCCAAUUUGAAAAGGAAACCAAGAAUAGAUUCCCCAAUCCUGGAAAAAUUGGUAAAGUUUACCCAAUUCCCAUUAGUAAUAGUAAUUGUAUUUUAAAGAAAGAGUAUGGUGUUGAAACUGUAGUUUUAGUAUUAGGACCAAAUAUGAGUGAAAAGAAACCUGAUCAAUUUAAAGAUUACAAAGAAGCUUCUCCAAUUUUAUUAGAGUCUUAUCAUUCAUUAUUUUCAGUUUUAGAUAAUUUUUAA